AUGAAGGAAAGAGAAAAGUUUCCAGUUCCCAGCACUUUACGAGCUAAUCCAAAAGCUCAAGAUUGGAAGAUUGUGAUAUCAUAUGAAGAGCAUAAUGCUCGGAUUAUGACUAGGAUUUUCUUGUGUAACUUAAAAUUAAUGUUGAAGAAGGCGGCAAAGAAUGAACAAAAAAGAAUAAACGAAGAAAAUAAAUUCCUGGACGGAAGAGAAGAGAAAGUUGUGGACAUGACAUUUAAAGAAAAGAAAUUUUUUAAGACGAAAGAGUGA